AUGGAAAUGGAUUCCCUUGCGAAGAUCAAGAAACUUAAAAAAUGGCUGAGUCCAACGGACUCAGAUUCACCCACAAGCGAGUUCAGGCGACACCUUCACUCGCAUGUCAAAGACACCGGUGAAUGGAUAUUCGAGACUGAACAAUAUCGUGAAUGGAGCAUGACCGACUCGACAGGGAAUCUUUGGAUUCGAGGAAUUCCUGGCUGUGGUAAGUCGGUGGUCGCGGCGAAUUUAGUCGGCCGGCUCCAAGAUCUGGAUGAUGCUCCAGUUCUCUUUUACUUUUUCAGAGAAAUCAUCGAAACAAACGGCCCUGCUGAGCUCGUGCGAGACUUCUGCGAAAAACUACUGGCUAGCUCACCUGGUCUUCAGUCCUCGCUAGAGAAAUUGCGCGCAGACUUCUCCGCAGUCGAGUCCGUCCCUUUCGAUCAGCUCUGGGAGUGCUUGGCAACAGCUUUACGAUCAAUGGAGCGAGUAUAUUGUGUUGUCGAUGCUUUGGAUGAAAUGAGGCAUGGACACGGAAGAUGGCUGGAACAGCUCCUUGAUCUGGGUCGACAGUCUCCUCGUUCAAUCAAGAUUAUCACUACAAGCCGGCAAGUUCCCCAGGUGGAGAAAUAUAUGCAGGGUACUUCCAUUGUCGAUUUACGCCUGGAUCGUCUACAUGUUGACCACGACAUUUCUGUUUUUAUCAAACGGCAGCUAAAGGACGCUCAACUGGAGCUGGAGUUGCCGGAGAUCGACAAUAUUGCCAAGGCGAUCUGCGAGCAGGGAAAAGGUUUAUUUUUAUACGCAAGACUGAUGCUCGAUGAGCUGCUACUUCACCCCAAAAACAUCCACACUCGUGUUCACAGUCUCCCCGAUGGCCUAGGCGAUUUAUACACCGGCCUUUUACGUGAAUGGGUCGCACGGUCAGGAACAUCCGCCCGAUUUCAGAAACUCAUCUUGGAAUGGGUCACUCAUGCUGGCCGACCAUUGCGCAUGCUCGAACUCGCAGAUAUGGUUGAAUCUUUACCCGACCGUGGAGGGCUGACACCAGGAUGCAAUGUGAAAGAUGCUGUGAGAACAGCAUGCGGACCUGUGCUUGAAGUCUGCGAGGACGGGGCCGUGCAGGUAAUCCACCACUCUCUGACGGAGUUUGUCCUCAAUCGUGAUGUUGAGCAUACCCAAAUGUCAAGUCUUAGUCGUGACCAUGCCGCAUUCGACUCUACUGCCGUCCAUUCUACGAUGGCCCAGACCUGUCUUCGAUAUCUCACCAGUGGCCCUUUGCGGGAAUGGAAACUCGGACAGCAUUCAGAAGACCGAAAGGAUCAGAGAAAGUCGCUUUUCCUGAAGUUUUACUUCCUCCGUUAUGCCGCUGAACAUUGGGUUUUCCAUGUUUCCAAUUCCAAAGACCUCAACAAGGACCUCAUCCAAACUUUGGAAAAUUUCUAUCAGAACGGUAGUGAUUAUCAGGCGUGGAAUGAAAUUUGGAGGGUUUCUCGAGACGAUUUACCUCAUCCAUGUUCUGUCUUGCAUGUCGCCGCUUACUCUGGACUGGUAUCACUUGCCAACCAUUUGCUUUCACAGGGCUCAUCGUCAAAUGAUGCAGACAAAGUUGGUCACACACCGUUGGUAUACGCAGUUAUGAAAGGUCAACAUGAGAUGGUCAGCUUGCUACUGGGACACGGCGCUUCUCACGACGUCAAAGUGCAGUGGAACGAAAACAUACCUCGAUGUCACAUCAUUCCUUAUGCCUGCAAACUGAACCACGUCGACGUGGUACGUGCCCUCAUUAAUGGAGGCGUAGACCCGAUGGCCCAUGCUACCAUUGGUGGUGGAACCACACAGCGAUUUAAAUUCGGCGUUUGGGAUAUCUAUAGUGGCCCAUAUUAUUGGAGCCCCCGCAAGGAUGUCACGGCUCUUGCAUCUGCUUGCGAAAAGGGAUGUACUGAGGCUGUUCUCGAGUUGAUCAGCCUUGUUGAUCCUCCUUCCCUUUACAAAGACAAUCUCCUACACAUCACUGCGGAAAAGGGCAAACAUGAGAUUCUCUCCGCUUUGUUAAAGCAUGAGAACGUUCAAUUGACCAUCAAUGAUCCUGAUGUGUACGGCGACACACCAAUUUACCUCGCGGCCCGCAAACGAAACGCGGCGGCAAUCCAAGUCUUGCUUAAUCACGGGGCGAAUCCUAGCAUCCUAUCGAUGAACAGGAACUUUCCCCCCGAGCCUCCUACACAGUUUGAAAGUUCUAUCGGGCCGAGACCCCCUCCAAGUUACACGCCUCUACAUGCAGUGGCGUUUGGAAUUCCGCGCGGGGGGCUUGACUUCGGAAAGGACGAAGAUAUACUCGCAUGCAUAGACGUGCUGCUUGGUGCCGGUUGUGAUAUUAACGCAGGAAAUUACAAAAAGCGCACACCGAUUUUUGAGUGGUCAAGUCUCCACUGGGCAGAUGAAGCAGAGAAGUUUGUUUCUGGUCUUCUUGAGCGUGGAGCUGAUGCCACAAUUGUUGACAUUGACGGACAAACGCCUCUACAUGCUUCAAAUCGUGCUUAUCCCAAAAUAGCCAAGAUUUUUGUUGAUGCCGGCUGUGAUAUCAAUGCACAAAGGAUCAGUGAUGGGAUGACAGUCCUGAUGCUAAAUGCAAACCAGCAAAAUCACCCUGAUCCGGCCGCACUUCACGAACUAGGAGCAGAUUUCGAACAACAAGACUGGCUAGGCAAUACAGCUCUCCAUCACAAUUUCAAGCGAAGUCUCGCUGGAAGCAAUUGUCAUGCUGAUGAGUGGUUGUCCAAAUCGAACCUAUACAUACGGAAUUACCUCGGCCGGGCGCCUCUCCAUGAACUGCUAUAUCAAGAAAAUGGAUUACGCGACGAUAAAAACGACCGUCAACUUGAGUGGCUUCAAUCUCUUGAUGGGAUGCUCAAGCGCGGUGUCUCACUCGAAGAGAAAGACGGGUUUGGACGUACAGCCCUGCUGGUCGCACUCUUGAGUGACACGUCCAAUCCUCUAAAGCUCGUUAAAGAGCUUUUGCAGCGAGGAGCCAAUGCUCAAGUAGCAGACUCUAAGGGCAGGACAGCUUUGCACUAUGCCUUCCAGCCAUCCUACAAAUUAUACUCGGAUAAAGAUGACAGCAGGCGGGAGCUGGCUCAACUGCUUAUCGAACAUGGAGCGAGUGUUCAAGCAACCGAUCACGAUGGGAACAGCAUCUUCAAUCACUUCAUAAAGAACCAGGAAAUUGUCAAAAGACGUGACUGGACCAGGUACGAAAAGCGUGCUGAAACAAUCAUAGAACUCGGAGUACCCUAUCUCAAAGCCAAUAACCAAGGAAGAACUGCCUUGCAUGCCGCUUCCGAGGUCGAAGAGGACAUAGGUUCCAGCCCUAUAAACCCCAGGACCCGGCUAGAGUUUCUCUCUCAGUCGUCACUCCACUUGAACAUCAACGAGGAAGACAAUCUUGGAAUCACCCCGCUUCAUUUAGCGGCCUCUGCAUCAGAUAUCAAUGCGCUGACGUUGAUUGAGCAUGGUGCUAAUAUUAAAGCAAAAGAUAAAUCAAUGCGCACGCCCCUGUCAUUCGCUGCAGAAGCAGGGCAAAGCAACGUGGUUGGUUUGCUGCUGGAGCUAUAUCACAACGACCCUGCGCUGGUCAAUCAUCAGUGCAUCAAGAGGCGAUCUGCUUUACACGAAGCGUCUCGUUCCGGCAGUCCUGAAAGCGUUAAGCUGUUACUCGAUGCUGGGGCGGAUCCUUUGCUCCCUGAUGAGCGGGGCCGAACAGCCUUGCAUGUGGCCGCCGAAUUCGAAUCAAGAACUGGUCCCCAAAAAGCGGAGUCUGAACAUCUCUCUGGACCACCCUUGCUAGAAAGCUUACAGUAUAGUGGGCGGCCGCGCGAGGAGAAGGAACGAGACGCUGUGUCUCGAAUGGGUGUUGGAAUCGCCUCCGACGAUGGUACCAGGUGCAUCAGAGAGGUUGUUCGACUAUUACUAGCUGCUGGCGCACGGCCUGCCCAAAUUGACAGAAAUGGCCACCGGCCAUUAGACGUGGCUGUGAUGCUUGGAUGUGCUCCAGUUGCCGACGAGCUGAAAAGGAACGAUGUUGAAUGCUCAAUCAAAUCAUUGGAUCCCAUUGGGGAGUCACUUCUGCUCUUGACCGAUGCUCAAAUCAAGGACAUGGUCGAUUCGACCGAACUACCUGAGAACCAUACUCAAUUCCUGGAGCGACUUUUUGCGACAGGAAAUGAGAGUUUGGUUGAGGAGUUUGUUCGCACCAAACAACUGAAAUUGACCCACACUGAUGAGGAUGGGGAUAAAUGCAAAAAACGUGGCAUUUUUCUGCUUCCACGCCUGGGACUGACCUCCAUGUUAGCACGAUUGCUGCCAUAUCUCGAGGACAUCGCCAAUGCCAUUCCGGAUCUUUUGGAUCUUGCCGCUCAACGGUCUUCUUCCAACCUGGAGAUGGUAAAAUUCCUGAUCCAGCAAAUCCCGAGAGAGAACAGAGAUAUUCUGGCAGCCUCGCUAAGUAAGCUCUGUGCUGGUAAGCGGUGGUGGCAUUCCAAGGCGGUUGUCCUCCUGCUUGAGAGUGGUGUCAGCCCCAACGCUCGCGUCAGCGACCGUGGUGAAUAUGCAAUUACAAAUGCACUGGCCGUGUCUGAAUGUGGCAGCAUGCGUCGUCACAAAUGGGGUGCUGAGAUUCUUCGAAUUCUGCUCAAGUACGGUGCUGACCCCAAUUGCAAAAAGGGUAAAUACGGUUGGACACCUUUUCACACUGCUGUCGCAACUGGUGCUGAUCUCGAAACAAUCACUCUUCUUCUGGAGCACGGAGCUUCGAUGGGUACGGAAAGUGCUAGUUCACUUAAUGCUGCGAUUCGGGAAAGCAACCUUCCAUUGAUAGAGCUUUUGUUGAAAGCUGGUGCCGAUGCAAAUGGCGCAGACGACCCCCAAAAUAUUCCCCUCCUACAAAAGGUAUCCUGCCCAAACACUGGAAAUGAAAUUCGAAGUGAGCACGAGGCAAUCAUGUCUUUUCUCCUUCGAUAUGGCGCCGACCCCCUUCGAUCCAUUGAAAACGGAUCCACCACAGUGUUUCAUAAACUCUGUGGCGCUUAUUACGACCCUCCGCUUGGGCCGAUUUUGGCGAUGGGUAUAGACAUCGAUAUUAGAGAUAGCCAGGGUCGCACUGCCCUCAGCAACAGCCAGAAAGUUCAUAUGGCUGUAGCGCUGAUUGAAGCUGGAGCCGACAUCCACGCCACUGACCAUGCUGGGUGCACUGCAUUGUAUCACGCGGCCGACAAAGGAAGACCAGAUAUCAUUAUCGAGCUCUUGAAACGAUCGGCUGCAGUGGAUAUAGUUACAAACGACGGGUUCACACCAUUGACUCGAGCUUUGGAUGCAUAUGGCGAUUGCUGCUCAACACAGCACUUUGCGACGCUGAACGCCUUGUUAGACGGGGGAGCGAAUCCACUCAGUCUUCUACCAGAUGGAAGGUCGGCACUCCAUUGUUUAGCCUCCGCUCUACGGGAUUCAAGCAACAAGAACCGAGAGGCGCAGAUCGAAGAGGAUGGUGGUGAAGAUCAUUUCACCAUGGCAACCUUGUUAUAUCAACGAUUCCUCGAUGCGGGAUGCGACCGCAACGCUUGCGAUAACAACGGGGAAACCCCAAUCUUCCAUUAUGUGAGGGCACCAAAAUCUUACAGUGGAAGGGACUGGAUCGACUUUGCCCCGGUGCGUACGUCUCAUCCUGAUGAUUGGGCCCUCUUCAUUGCCACGCAUGAUGUUUCCAAAACGAAUCUCGCUGGAGAUACCCUGCUCCAUGCCAUUGCGCGUCGUGAAGAAAGCCCCUGUGAUUCAUCGGAUGACGAAAGCCUGCUUUUCAAGGCCUUGGUUGAUUUGGGACUCAACCCUAGGAAGGAAAACAAUCAGGGUGAAACAGCGUUGGAUAUCGCCGCGACUCAGGAAAAGACGGAAAUCCUGGAUUUGUUUGCGCGGAAGGAGUAG